UUCAGGUGCUUACGGUGAAGCGGGAGUCGACCACACGCUUUUAUGUGGACAAGAUAGGUGAUUUAAAACAAAUUAUUCUGUGUUAAUGAGGUGUUUUUUUUACUGUAGAUAUGUUUGCAAAUAAGAAGGCCUGGUUUUCGAGCAGUGUGUCACAAGAACCUCGCGAAUUCUGGCUAUGGGAGUGUGGAAUACUUACAGGCUGGAGAACAGCAGAUUAUCUUUUUAGUGAUGAUGCUACACACCCUGACACACUCAGGGUGUUUAAUAGCGAGGCUUACCUGUGGGACAAGGUGACUGUUUUUCACAGCCUGUUCCUGAGUGCAUGUGAGAAGCGACGGAGUGUAAAGUCAGUGAGCAUCGGUCACUAUGUGCUGCCUCCUGUUUCAGUGCAGGACGCAGUGAGAAAUGUGAUUGGGAGGUUUAUUUGGGAGUGUGAGGAUGACCAGCCAGUUACACUGGAAAGUGUUUCUGACCAGACAGAAGCAAAGUGUGGCGUUGACAGCUGGACUGAGCCAUUAAAUGCAUUAACGUCACGUGAUGAUCCAAUGAGUAACACUCCUACAGGUGUCAGCAUGGACAAUCUGCAAACAUAUUCAAGAGAACUACAUUACUCAGACCCCAGUGGUUUCCAAUGCAUCCAGUGUAAAGCCUAUAUCUGCUCGCCAAAGUCAUAGGAAUAACACACAGACAAGCCACUAUUUGCAUAUAACGUACCGGAAAUUAAGUUAUGUUUGUUUAUGUGAUUGCAUUCGGUUAUGCAAAGUGAGUAUACUGUAUAUUUUAUACGAUAGUCUGACAACGAUAACGCUGCCUUCUUGUUUUGUGUUUUUAUGUACUGAUUCAUGGUGAUGGUUAAUGGACAGUCAGUUUCUGUGUGACGGUUACUUGUUCAGCUUUCUCUUGGUCACUCAUUUGUGGAAGGCACAUAAAACCAAUGGAUUUCAAGGCUCUUUAUUACGUGUUUUGCUCAAAGAAAUUAUACAUUUCUAUACAGUAUAGACCAAAAGUUUGGACACACACAACACAACCCCAUAGUCCCAACCCCAUUAACAAGGCAAAAAAAUUCCUCUAAGUAACCCUGACAAGGCACACCUGUGAAGUGAAAACCAUUUCAGGUGACUACCUCACGAAGCUCAUUGAGAGAACACCAAGGGCUUGCAGCACUAUCAAAAAAAGUAUGACAUCAAAUUUGUGUCUAAAAUAGGACAUAAUUAGAGUUAUUUCACACUUUUUUUGUUAAUAUCAUUCCACGUGUUCAUUCAUAGUUUUGACAAUCUACAAUGUAAAUAUCAGUAGUCAUGAAAAUAAAGGAAACACAUUGAAUGAGAAAGUGUGUCCAAACUUUUGGUCUGUACUGUAUAGAUAAAUAUCCAUCCAUCCAUCUUCUAUGCCGCUUAUCCUCAUUAGGGUCGUGGGUAUGCUGGAGCCUAUCCCAGCUGACUUCGGGCGAGAGGCAGGGUGCACCCUGGAAUGCUCGCCAGCCAAUCACAGGGCGCA